GUGGAGAGGGGAGAGAAGGCCAGCACUCGGAGCCCAAGUCCGCUGAACCAGCUGGAACUCCACUCGCCUCUUCUUCUCGCUCUUCUCUUACUUUUGCGCUCUGUUUCGCCUCAUUAGCUCGCCUCCUGAGCGCCCGCCAGUGCUCCUCGGCCGCCCCCUCCCGCGCGUGGUACGGCCCGGCGGGCGCGCAUCCAGGCACAGGUUAUAAAGGCCCUGCUGCGGCAGCCGACUGCGGACUCAAGAUGCGCCCGAAAGAGUUGGGGCAGGGUUCAGCCGGCGACUGGCCGGGACCCGGCGAUCCGGCAGCAGUCACCCCAGCUCCUCCGCCCGCAGCCAAUCCCGCUCCAGAGCCCUCCGCCGAGCCUGAAUCCGCCCCUGUGCUGGUACCGGCGGCAGGACAGGCAGCAGGAUCCGGAUCCGCAACCGUCUCGGGACCCUCAGCGGGAGCUCGCCCGGCCUCCAAGGCUGGAUCGGAGGCAGGAGUCCAGCGCGCGUCCGCAUUCUCGGCAGUCCAGGGGAAUGCCCAGUCCGUGCCCGACAACUCGGACGCGCCGUGGACUCGCUUCAUAUUCCAAGGUCCAUUUGGCCCCCGGGCCGCUGGCUUGGGGACUGGAAAGGCAGCGGGUAUCUGGAAGACGCCGGCUGCCUACAUCGGCCGGCGGCCUGGGGUGUCGGGCCCCGAGCGCGCCUCCUUUAUUCGGGAGCUGGAGGAAGCGCUGUGUCCUGACCUACACCCACCAGUGAAGAAAAUCACCCAAGAAGAUGUCAAAGUGAUGUUAAGUUUGCUAGAGGAGAGAGAGCGGGACCUGAACACGGCAGCUCGCAUUGGCCAGUCCCUGGUGAAACGGAACAGUGUUCUGAUGGAGGAGAACAGCAAGCUGGAAGCCAUGCUGGGCUCGGCCAGGGAGGAGAUUUUACGUCUCAGACACCAGGUGAGCCUGCGGGAUGACCUCCUUCAGCUUUACUCAGACUCUGAUGAUGAAGAGGAGGAGGACGAGGAGGAUGAAGAAGAAGAGUGGGGGCAUGGUCAUCCCUACGAAGCCUCAGAUCCGACUCCUCUGACAGAGUCAGAAUCACACCACUGCCCGCAGCUGGAGGCCCUGCAGGAGCGGCUGCGGCUGCUGGAGGAGGAGAACGAGCAGCUGCGAGAGGAGGUCUCUCAACUCGAUGACCUUGAGGAGGAGAGACAGAUGUUCAUCCUGGAUUGUGUGGAGCAGUUUUCGGAGGCCAGCCAGCAGAUGGCCGAGCUGUCGGAGGUGCUGGCACUCAGGAUGCAGAACUAUGAACAGCAGCAGAGAGAGGCUGCCCAGCUGCGGGCCCAGGUCAUGAAGCUGCAGCAGUGCUGCCAGUCGUAUGGGGCUGAGGCUGAGAAGUUGCAGCAGCAGCUGGCUUCGGAGAAAGAAAUCCAGAUGCAGCUCCAGGAUGAGCUGCAGGACCUACGGGAGAAGUACUCUGAGUGUGGGAGCAUGCUGAUUGAGGCCCAGGAGGAGGUGAAGACCCUCCGCCAGCAAGCCCCGGCGUCCACGGGCUCUGUCACCCACUACACGUGCACUGUACCUCUGGAGGCACUUCCUGAUUUCCAGGAGACCCUGGCUGAGGAGCUCAGAACGUCUAUAAGGAGGAUUAUCUCAGACCCUGUGUUUUUUAUGGAAAGGAAUUAUGAAGUGACUCCAGAGGAGACCUCAGUUCUGGGCUAUGAGCUGCACUACAGUGAAGAUCGAGAGCGGGAGCGGGGGCUCGAGGCAGAGGAGGGGCUGAUGUCGGCUGAGGAUUUCAUGCCUGCGGAGGAGUUGGUGCCUGAGGAGGAGCUGGGGGCCACAGAAGAGGCCCUGCCAGCUGACGAGGGGGUGACGGAAGAGGCAGAGCUGGUGUCUGAGGAGGCUGAGGCCUGGGAAGAGGUGGAGCCCGAGCUGGAUGAGGCAACGCGGAUGAAUGUGGUCACGUCAGCCCUGGAGGCCAGCGGCUUGGGCCCCUCCCACCUGGACAUGAAGUAUGUCCUCCAGCAACUGGCCAACUGGCAGGACGCCCAUUACACAGAGCUGAGGCAGAAGACGCUCCAGAAAGGUGAGUGCUCCCGUGGGGGCCUCCCUCCGGCCAGCCGGACAAGCUGCAGAUCGUCAAGCCGAUGCAAGGUGAGGGUAGGUGAGCCCCCCAAACGCUCACUUACCCCAGCCCCGCCCCACCCAGCGUGCUGAUUUGCAUGCACUUUGCAUAUCAUUUACAUAGGCACCUCAGGUCCCCCUCAGUGGGAGCUGUGGCCCCAAUGCUUAUUUACGUGGAGUUUGCAUAGGAUUCCAGAUCUUCACCCUUUUUGCUCCUGGGGCUGGGCUGGGGGUCAGGGCGCGGACUGUAGCCCCUCACUGCGUCUCAGCUUCCUGUCUCGGCCUGCCCCCUUCCCGUGUCCCCCACCGCCACCUCCCCCAUCCCCAAGGCUCCCCAACCCUGCAGCAGGGGCAGCAGCCAAAACAAACAUGGGGGGCGGGGUCGUGGAGCAGCAGCUGGGGGGGCCAACCCAGGACUUUCGGAGGCUGGAGGAGGAAAGGGCCAAUCACCCUCCCAGGGCCUGGGAGGAAGAGGGGCCUUCUGGGGCCACCCAGGCCAUUGGGACGAAAGCCUCUGCCAGCAAGGGCCACAGUCAGACCAGUCCCCUGGGUGAGUCUGAAGGUGGGCUAGGGGCUCCUACAGGGUGAUGGGGGGCGGUUAAGGUCUCCUCUCCCCAGCUGGAAGCCCCAAAGGUUGGGGAGUAACACCUGCUGAGUUCAGGCCUUGUGCUAGGCCGUGAGAGCCCUGCCUUGAGGAGUUCGUGGAGAUAUCAAAGAUGAUUUAGUGAUGCGAAUUAUCUUCUCUAAUCCUCACACCCCUGUAGGUACGUGUUAUCCCCAUUUGGAGAGGAAACGGAGGUUCAGAGAGCAAAAUAAUUUGUUCAAGGCCACUGAACCCGUUUUCGUCACUGCUAUGCCAUAAUGACUUCCCUGACCCAUCCCUCCCCUCUAACCCUGUCCUGGUGCCUUCUUGGCCUUCUGGGUGAGCUGUGAUGUUUAUAACCUGUUGGUAGCCUCACCAUUAUAUCUGAUCUGCCCUGACUCUGAUGGCCGUUUGGUCACUGCUGGGUGGCCUCAUCGGGGUCGCCAUGUAAGGUUGUGCAGGUUGUAAACUUAAUGGUGACCUCUAUGACUGGACAACCUGCAUAACUCUCAAUGGUGGCUGUCUCUUUCUGAUAUAGCUGACCAGGCGUAGCCCCUGCCUGCUGCCCAGGCCAGACCUGUGGUCCUCAGGCCCCCAGUUCUCGUCCACCCACUUCUUUUCCAGGCUUUGCUGUUUCCCAGCAGCCUGCAGAGGCCCCAUAGACAGCCUGAGGCCCCUCCUUCCGCUGCCUGGCCAAGCCCCACCCUCCCCAGACCUCCCUUCCCUUGCUCAGAAACCGGACCCCCGAUCUGUCACCAGCCCACCCGCUGUCCUGAUGAACCUGGGCCGGAACUUGAGGGCCCAAGCCUUGACCCUCUUCUGGGACAGGCUGAAGGAACCCCGGCCCUCGUUCUGCAGUUGGUGCAAAAGCUGUGGCUGCUGGGCCUGGAUCACUUGGUGGCCCCAGGGGCGUAAGAAGCUCAGGGGGUGUAAGAAGCCCAGGGGGAGGCCCACCAGCUACCAGACUCGGCUCUGAGCUGGGGCAGGGCUCAGGCCCGGGGUGUAGGAAGUUGUUUUGAGCACCUUGCUCACUACAUGCCCCUCACCCCUUGACCCCCAAAUCAAAGGUGGCUUCCCAGUCCUUGGUGACUUUUAGGGACCUGGUCGUCUUUUCCAGUUCUUAGCUCUUUCUUCUCAGUCCCUAAUUGCUGUGUGUAACCAGAAGCAUCUGUCUGUGUGGGCGAGGACUCCCUCUGCCCGGGAUGGGGGUGCAGGGCUCCCUCCCCUCCCCUGCCCUCCCCACCUCCCCACCUGUGGCCUGUGAGUGUCCAGGCUCCCUCCCAAGGCCCUGUCACUCCCCACCACGUCCUCUCCUCAGUGCCCCUUGUUUCCUUGUUCUAGAUGUUUCGCCCUUUCCCACCCUUUACUCAUAAACACCUGGAGUCGGGGGCUCAGGCCCCCGUCGGUAUCUGCCCACUUCCCCAUAGUGCUUCUCAUGCGUCUGUUGCUUGUCAGCCCAUGUACGUGCCGGUGAAGGAAAUAAAGGACCUGUGCGCU